CAGCUGCAGCCAUGAGAGCGAUGAUGGGGGGCCCCGACGGGGCGGCCGCAGGGUCGCUGCUGCUGCUGGUGGUCCUGCUCGGUGCCUUCCUGCUGCUGGCCGGGACCCGCCGCCGGGCAGCUCGGGGGGCUGCGGGGAGCAGGAGCCCACCAGGACCCUUUGCGUGGCCACUGGUGGGCAACGUCCUGCAGCUUGGCCGCUUGCCCCACUUGGCCUUCGCCCGCCUGGCACGCCGCUACGGGGCCAUCUUCCAGCUGCGGCUGGGCGGGCGGCGGGUGGUGGUGCUCAACGGCGAGGCGGCCAUCCGGCGGGCGCUGGUGGGGAUGGGGGCUCACUUCGCCGGCCGGCCUGACUUCCCUUCCUUCGGGCUGGUGUCAGGAGGGCGCAGCGUGGCCUUCGGGGCGUGCUCGCCCCAGUGGAGGGCACGCCGGCGGCUGGCCCACGCGGCCCUCCGUGCCCGCUCGACAGCAGCAGAGGUGGAGCGGCACGUGGCGGCCGAGGCAGGGGACCUGGUGCAGCUCUUCCUGAGGCGCAGCCAGGGUGGAGCCUACUUCCAGCCCUGCCCACUCUUGGUGGUGGCCAAUGCCAACGUCCUCUGUGCCCUCUGCUUCGGCCGCCGCUAUGGCCAUGCCGAUGACGAGUUUGCCGCGUUGCUGGGCCACAACGACCGCUUUGGGCAGACAGUGGGGGCGGGCAGCCUGGUGGACGUGCUGCCCUGGCUCCUGCACUUCCCCAACCCCGUUCGCCGCGUCUACCGCGACUUCCAGGCCCUCAACCAGGAGCUGCAUGGCUUCGUGCGGGCCAAGGUGGCACAGCACCGCCAGACCUUCGACCCGCGGGCCAUGCGUGACGUGAGCGAUGUCAUGAUCGCUACCGUGGAGCGCAGCAGCGUGUCCUCCCAUGGGCUGGGGCCCGAGGACGUGGAGGGUGCCAUGACUGACAUCUUUGGCGCGGGACAGGACACCACGUCCACUGCGCUCUCGUGGGUCCUCCUGCUGCUGCUGAAGCACCCGCAGCUCCAGCAGGACCUUCAGGCCGAGCUGGACCGGGUGGUGGGACGUGCCCGGCUGCCCACAGCCGAGGACCGGCCCCACCUGCCCUUCCUGGAGGCCUUCAUCUACGAGACACUGCGCUACAGCAGCUUUGUGCCCAUCACCAUCCCGCACGCCACCACAGCUGAUGUGGAGCUGGAGGGCUACCAUAUCCCCAAGGACACUGUGGUCUUCGUCAACCAAUGGUCAGUCAACCACGACUGUGGCAAGUGGCCUGAGCCCCAGCGCUUCGACCCCGCGCGAUUCCUGGACGAGCAGCAGCACCUAGACCGCGACCGGGCCAGCAGCGUGAUGAUCUUCUCAACCGGCCAGCGGCGCUGCAUCGGCGACCAGCUCUCCAAGCUCCAGCUCUUCCUCUUCACCGCCAUCCUCCUCCACCAGUGCUCCUUCCACGCCAACCCAGCGGAGAAUCUCACCAUGGACUGCAUCCAUGGGCUGGCGCUGAAGCCACGGCCCUUCACCAUCACCGUGCGGCCGAGGCUCCCUGUGCUCAUCCAGCCCUGAGCACUGCACCCGCCUGGCUUGGGGACAGGGAUGGGCAGCACCAGGGUGGCAGGGGACACCCUGCCUUGCACGCCAGUGGCUCUUGCCGCUGCAGAGGAUCAACGGCAGCGAGUCACCACAUCAAUAAAUGCCUUCA